CUAACUUUGAAAGUAGGCUUCCGGUGUGUCUCGCAUUAGGCAGGAGGUCGACCGGACGCAUUCUUGUUUUUUUUAUUUCUUUGAAAAUUCCCAAAGAUUUCACGGUCAAAACGCCAAGGGGAAAAUUUUUAUUUGCAACCGGAAUCUGGAGAAAGACAGACGAUUGCCGAUACAUGGAUGGCAGCAGUAACUGAGAGGUUUCUAAGACGUUUCCAUCCUUCUUUGGUCUCCUCACCUUGUUGAAGAAACGAGAUGUCGUUCUUCUCUGGAGCGCUGACCAGUUCGCCAGUAAAACGACACCUGAGGUCAAGCUCCGCCCACCAGAGCCUGGACGUGUCCCUGCUGUCUCCCGACUCGUCGUACUUGUGCUACUCUUCGUCGACGUCGCCGGGGUCCCCGUCGGACGGCUACGUUCAUUCCCGCUGCUGCCGCCGUUCGCCCCGCCUCCUCACCAACGGCUACUAUGCCGUGACCGACGACAGUUUCCUGUGGGACGAGGACGGCAACGUGUCGCUGACGCCUUGCGCCGCCAGCGUGUCUUACAAGGAGAAUGUUUUCAGGGUAUUCCGGAGGCGGCGACGUAAAAUGGGCAGUUCCCUGGCUCGCCUGCUGAAUGAUGUCAGCGAGAGCUGCCAGACUUGGCUGGACUUUGGGGGUGUCUUCCGGAGGGGCCAGGAUCAGGCCCUGGACUUGGAUCCAAAGAGAGACCACCAGAAACAGGAUCUGAUCCAGAACCAGGACCAAGACUGGGCCCAGGAGGAAGGAUUCACUUCCCUGGAAGAGCCGAGCUGGUGCGGUCUCAGCCGCUCCCAAGCUGACAACAGCUGCAGCUUCUUCACUUACGAUCCGAGUGAAGUGGCGCCCCCUCCUGACAAAGAGGCCCCACCCACCAAGCAGAUGAUCCAGGAGGAGAUUUGCUCGGAAAUCUGUCAAUCAACCGAGCACUGUGCCCAGUCACUCAGCGGGCUCUCUGAGGUCCCGCCUCCCUCCACCUUUUACGCCAACGCCUGCCGGCAGACUGACGUGCCUCAACGCACAGGUGUAACGCCGAUGACUUUUUUCGCUUUGGUCUUCGUCAUCUCUGGUUUCAUGAUGCUCAGCUCGGGGUGUUUAGUGGGCGGUGCGGGGGCAUGUGUUGCAGCAGCGGCGUGGGUAAUAACGGCCACGUGGCUGUGUGCGGGCAGGUCGACUCGGCUGGGAGGAGGCUGGAGGUGCGCCAAAACCGAGGACAUCACUUCACGCAACGAGUGACCUGCGAGACCCUCCCGCCCCUUACACAUACACACACACACACACACACGUUUUUUUUGUGAUCACAGCUCAAUGACGAGUGUCCCAACACCACUCUUGACUUUUAAUUAAGAGAAAUAAAAAAUUAUAGCGUGCCAAAUGAACAAAAGACAAUCCGGAGGAAACAUUUGUGUUCCUGCCAUUUAUUGUGCCCUUGGUAGCCAUGGCAAUCAAUGAUGCGAUUGUUAUCACCAUGGUGACCAAACUUGUGAGUUUGUGAAAACUUGCACACAGAACGUGGCAUCCUUGUCAUGACAUAGACCUCUCCACGCUCACCUAAAAAAGUUAUCAAAAGGAAAAAAAACCCUCACACACACAAAAACAGUGUGAGAGAGGUGUUUUUGUUUUAAUUAGGUUUUUAACUAAGGUUUUGGUUUUUUAAUCUGUCAUGUUUUGGGUUUGUUUGUGCGUGUGUUUAUUGUUGAGUGUCACAGGUUUUCUGGUGUGAGUUUUUGUCAUGGGCGAGAGUUGUUUUUGUCUUGUUUUGUUUUUUUUGUCACACAAGAAAUAGAUUUUCCAAGCACUAACCCAACUUGGUGACAUCUCUCUUUGACAUUGGUAAUGUCUUGCUCAAUUAAGGGCUCAUUUGCAUAUUUGAUUGUGUGGAGCAAAAAGGGCCAAAUGUGGUGUUUUUAUUGAAUGAAAUAUUUCUAGGUCCUCGUUGGGUCGCCAGAUGUAUCGGCAUUAUCUUGUUACAGUCCUUGCUAUUCAGGAUGCACUUAUGAAUAAUUAUUUAUGUAUUUAUGUCAGCCAAUCAAAUUAUUAUAUUCACAAUGUCACAUGUAACCGACAUGACACAUGCUUAUUUUGCACUUCACAUUGUGGUUAAUUUCUUACUUAGACGACAGACAUUAAAAGUUGUUGAAAGACUCA